UCUAGAAAUGAGCAUUGAACUAGCGGACUAAUAAUAGAGCGACUUGUAUCGCUACGGCAGAAUGUGCCACCAGUGAUCCUAACUAGUGUUUUCGUGUUAGCUAAAGCUUGUGCAAUACUAUAGGGUUUCUUUCUUUUGUUCAUUUCUCUAUUAUACUAAACAAGCUCACUAGUACAUACAAAUGUUUGCAAGAGGUAGUAACUUCGUACGGUGCGUGCGAGCUGGUCCACAAAUUGUUCGAGGCCUCUGUUCACCGGUAAGUCCGCUGGAUGGCGUUCGAAUAUUGGAUAUGAGCCGUAUUCUGGCUGGACCAUUUUGCACGAUGCUACUCGGCGAUCUCGGUGCGGAGGUGAUCAAGGUGGAACGACCGAGGGGUGGUGACGAGACACGGAACUGGGGCCCUCCAUUUGCUCACGGGGUGAGCUGUUAUUUCCUUAGUGCUAAUCGAAACAAAAAGAGCGUCGUCGUGGACUUCAAAAGCGAAACGGGUAAAGAUGUUAUCAGAAAACUGGCUGCCUCGUCCGAUGUCCUCAUCGAAAAUUAUCUGCCGGACGAACUCGAGCAACAUGGAAUCGGUUACGAAGCCUUAAGUAAGAUCAAUCCAAAAUUAAUCUAUUUAUCUCUGACUGGCUAUGGCGGCUUUUGCAAAUACAGGAAUCGAGCUGGUUAUGAUGUGAUUGCAGCCUCAAUGGGAGGACUGAUGCAUAUAACAGGUCCUGCCGAUGGCAAACCGUGUAAGGUGGGUGUAGCAAUGACGGACCUCGCAACUGGCCUAUAUGCCAAAGCUGCAAUACUGACAGCAUUACUGCAACGGGUGAAAACUGGUCGUGGACAAAAAAUCGAAUGUGAUCUCCUCGCCAGCCAGGUAUCGUUAUUAGUCAACAUCGGUUCAAAUUAUCUUAACGCUGGGGUUGAUGGCAAACGCUGGGGCACGUCGCACGCUAGCAUAGUGCCAUACAAAGCGUACCGAACAAAAGAUGGUUACAUAACUAUUGGAGCAGGUAGCGACAAGCAGUUCGAGGUAGUCUGCCGUCGACUUCGAUUAGAUUCUCUCAUUAAUGAUGAACGUUUCAUCAGCAACACCGUUCGAGUAGCCAAUCGUAGAGAACUCGACGCAAUAAUUCAAAACCGUUUUUCGGAGAAGACUAAUGAAGAAUGGCUAGAUGUCCUCGAAGGGUGCGGAGUUCCUUAUGGACCGAUAAACUCAAUAAAAGAUGUCUUUGAAGAUGCGGCCAUCGCCGAACGAAUGGUAACCAUAGUAAAGCAUCCGUGCGGAGAUGAGGUAAAAGUCAUCGGGCCGGCCGUUCGCUUUAGCGACUCAGUUAAUGAGGUACGAUCAGCACCACCGCAUUUAGGUGAGCACACCCUCGAGGUGCUGUCUGAAUUCUACAGUGAAGAAGAUCUUGAAAAGCUGAUCACGGCAAACAUAGUCGAACUGAAGAAGUGAUCGACACUGCCACUCUCUUCUGUCUUUCACUACACUGGAAGGACGAGAGCAUCCCCCUUUACGACGGUAACGGAUUUCUCAAAGCACGGCUGAAACGAAUUCGGUUGCGGAGGCAACCUCACUAUGGCAUUAGUGGCAGCUUUUACGAAAUUCGAAUCUCGGGUCAUCUUCGCUGGGGCUACAGAACUUGAUCUGUAGUCUUUUUGCUUUCAUUCAUGAUUCGUACGUGUAAACCCGUAUAUAUAUAUAACGGCUUAAUUUAUGGUCGUGAAAUUACUUUAACCAUACACUGAUUAUUGUUAGCCAUCACUGAGAGAUGUAUGGCAAAAACAAUUCGCUCUGUGCUGUCGUGGUCGAGUACAAAUGGCUUAGCUUAUGCUAUAUGUGGCUAAUUAAUAACGGUAGGCAACGUGUGUUUGUACAUACGAAAAACGCAAAUACUUGCCCUCGGUUCCGUUCUCCUUCCGACCGACCGACAAAUGUUUACUGUGUAUUUGACAGUCGAUCGAUACGAGUACAGCAAAUCAAAAACAAUAGAUAGAACAUGUGCGUUGGGUAAGGAAGAAGAAUGACAAACCUCCAGGUGUGUUUUACGAGUGGAUCGCUUCGCCUCGUUGGAUUUUCGUCUCGUCUGUAGUGGCUCAAGGGAUAUUCAAUCUCCACGGCCGACCGUAGGCAGAAAUAGGGUAAAGGUUCGAUAGUGGCUUACUGCCAUGACCAAACGAUUGAACAACACCGGAGCGGCAAUCGUUACGUGAACAGAAAAAAAUUUACUUUGCUAUUGAAUACAAUGUAACGGUAUAUCUACGGGGACGUAGUAGUGUUGGGUAACCCAUCUUUUUCAUUUACCCUCAGCCAAUGCCCUGAUUAGGGUCCGACUGCAUAGAGUAUGACGCCUACCGAUUUUUGUAUACAUGCAAUAUCCCGCAUUGUUGCACACCGUUAUACAAUUGAUAUAAAAAAAACGUUGUAAAAGCUCACAAGUCGAGUAAACUCGUUCGAUUCCAGUUCGCCUGAACUAUCUGAAGUAACUAGAAUCUGCAGUUUAAUUCAGACUAGAUGAGGACUGUUUUCUCAUUGGGACUAUACAUAGGUAAUGUACGUUGUAAUCCAAACAAAGGGUAGGAAAAUUCCCUUGUUAUGAAGGAAAAGCACAUUGCAUUGGGUGGAUAAUAAUAAUAUAACGCGAUACAUUGAUUGUACUGUUACGAUAUGCCCUUAGGAUUUAGCAGGCAUGUGUGUGUGUGUGUGUAUUUGGCAACUUUUUAAGAACAAUAAAGUCAAAUGUAAU